CCUGGCAGUCCGCCAAGGGAUGUCAACGUGAUUGUGGAUCCUGACAACAGAGUUACAGUUACAUGGGAACCGCCUAAGCAUCCUAAUGGCGACAUUACGAGUUACAAUGUGUACCUGAGCGGUGAUCCGUCACAACCUGUCGAUCAAUGGCAGAGGUUCGAAGUGAAGGAUCCGAGCCAGCUGAAACUCAUUUUCGAACGUGGAGAACUGGAACCAGAAAGUCCUUACUACGUACGAAUUGCCGCCGUAAACCCAUCCGGAGAAGGAGUGCAUUCCGACGCCACGCACUUCACUACAGUCAGUGGAGCGCCGAUCGAUGCCCCGUCUGAUAUCUUACCGAUUGUUUCCGAUGACAACACGGUCAAUAUCAGCUGGUUUGGACCGAAAGAACCUAAUGGACCGAUUAAGGCAUACACCAUCUACUUCACUCCCGAUGACGGUACCGCUGACGAAGACUACAGGAACUGGGCUCGUAUUGAAGUUCCAACAAGCGAUGAUCACGGCAACGUCAUCAUAGACAAAGACCAGUACGACAUCAAGCCUAAUACUCCAUAUAAGGUACGAAUUUCGGCCACAAAUGAUCAGUCUGAAGGUCCGGCAUCUGAACCAACACUUUUCGAAACUGGCAGUGGA